AUGCAGCACAAUUCGAACAAUGAACACCAUUCAAAUAGCGCAGCAACGAAUGGGGAGCAGAACGGCUCCAGUCUACAGCUUACAGAUGAGGAGUUUGAUAGAUACUCUCGUCAAAUGAUCGUCCCUGGAAUGGGCAAAGAUGCUCAACUUCGACUUAUAAAUUCCAAGGUCCUCAUUAUCGGCGCCGGUGGUCUCGGCUGUCCAGCAGCCCAAUACAUCGCAGGUGCUGGGAUAGGAACCAUCGGCAUCAUUGACGGCGAUGUCGUUGAACCAUCAAACCUCCAUCGCCAAGUUGGUCAUGCCACCUCUCGCAUAGGCAUGAAGAAAGUUGACAGUCUCAUCACCCAUCUAAGAGACCUCAACCCACUGCCGACCUAUGUUCCUUACACCUAUCCCAUCUCCCGCGAAAACGCAGCAGACAUCAUCACCCUCUACGACCUAGUCCUAGACUGCACCGAUAACCCAGCAACCCGCUACCUCAUCUCCGAUGUCUGCGUUCUCCUCUGCAAACCUCUAGUAUCAGCCGCCUCUGUUCAAAAGUCCGGUCAACUGAUCGUCCUAAACUGCCCACCCACACCCCAGGGAAAGAUGGACAGGAAAUACCCUCCUUGCUACCGUUGCUGCUUCCGCAAACCACCACCAGCCAACACCCAGCUAUCAUGCGGAGAAGCAGGCAUCAUGGGCCCAGUAGUCGGUCUAAUGGGUGUAGCCCAAGCAGGAGAAGCGAUCAAGAUUCUUGCCUCAGCUCUACACCUCCCCCAAUCCAGUUCAGACACCACCACCGAAGACGACCCCCACAACCUAAUCCAACCCACCCUCCUAAUCUACUCCUACGACCUCAACGCCGCCCCAGGCCCCUACACCUUCCGCGCCCUGAAAAUGGCCUCCCGCAAAAAGAACUGCUUCGCCUGCGGCGAGAACUCACCCCAAACUUUGACACUAGAGGGCAUCAAAUCCGGCAAUCCGAAUUACAUCCAGUUCUGCGGGCUCCAAACACCCAAAGCCACCCUCCCUGCGCAGGAUAGAAUCACCGCAUCUGCCUACCACGCAGCGAGAGAAAGUGGGCAAUUGCAGAACCACAUCCUUCUCGACACCAGGGAGAAGGAACAUUUCUCCUUUGGAAGUAUCGACGGUGCGGUGAACGUGCCCUUUGGGAAGCUACUCAUGAAAGCGGCGACCAUCAAGAGGGAUGGUGGUGAUGCUCAAGAGAUCUUACCCCUGAAAUCGGCAGAGGAUCCCAUAUUCGUUGUAUGUCGUCGAGGGCUGGACUCCCAAGAGGCAGUCGAGAAGCUCAAGGAGCUCGGAGUGGACCACGGGGGCAAGAGAAAGAUUGUCGAUAUCAUAGGAGGAAUGAGGGCUUGGAAGGACGAGGUCGAUCCAUCCUUUCCGUUCAUAUAG